UUCCAGCCGAGGAUCUUUUGCUCGCGAGAGUUCCUCCGUCUAGCUGCACACAACGCUGCUGCAGGAAACAGAGGUAAGAGAAUUGCCGAGACUUAGCUCGACCACACUCCCCGAGGCCCCGCCCCUCCUCUCUGGCCCUCCUCUUGGCCCGGGUCUUGGGCGUUGCACGUGCAGUUGUUGUGGUUCUACGUCACGUGGUCCCGGAAGUGCACGAUAGGCCCGCCUCAAAGAUGGCGACGCCUACCGCGCGAGGACGUGAUCCGCCUCUGCUCCGGCUUGGAUUGCAGCCUUGACGAGGUCUGAGCGACCAUGGACGGGCCGGGGUUCAUGGCGUCGCUGGUGGCUGGUGGGGUAGCAGGUGUUUCUGUUGACUUGAUAUUAUUUCCUCUGGAUACCAUUAAAACCAGGCUGCAGAGUCCCCAAGGAUUUAAUAAGGCUGGUGGUUUUCGUGGAAUAUAUGCUGGUGUUCCUUCUGCUGCUGUUGGAUCCUUUCCUAAUGCUGCUGCAUUUUUUAUCACCUAUGAAUAUGUGAAGUGGUUUUUGCAUACUGAUUCAUCUUCAUAUUUGACACCUAUGAAACAUAUGUUGGCCGCCUCUGCUGGAGAAGUGGUUGCCUGCCUGAUUCGAGUUCCAUCUGAAGUGGUUAAGCAGAGGGCACAGGUAUCUGCUUCUACAAGAACAUUUCAGAUUUUUUCUAACAUCUUAUAUGAAGAGGGUAUCCAAGGGUUGUAUCGAGGCUAUAAAAGCACAGUUUUAAGAGAGAUUCCUUUUUCUCUGGUCCAGUUUCCCUUAUGGGAGUCCUUAAAAGCCCUCUGGUCCUGGAGGCAGGAUCAUGUGGUGGAUUCUUGGCAGUCAGCAGUCUGUGGAGCUUUUGCAGGUGGAUUUGCCGCUGCAGUCACCACACCUCUAGAUGUGGCAAAGACAAGAAUUAUGCUGGCAAAGGCUGGCUCCAGCACUGCUAAUGGGAACGUGCUCUCUGCCCUGCAUGGGGUCUGGCAGUCACAGGGGCUGGCAGGGGACCAUGUACCAGGGAUUUUCUUGCAAGAGCAAAGCAGUGGCCUCCCUUUGGAGAGGGUCAGCAGCUGCCUGGACUUCAGGCGUCUCAGCUGGCAGUGCCGCCUCCUCAUCCUGAUGCCGAGUUGGAUCACUUAUUUGAUGAUUAUUUGCAGGUGUCUUCCCUCGAAUGGCAGCCAUCAGUCUGGGAGGUUUCAUCUUUCUGGGGGCUUAUGACCACACGCACCGCUUGCUGUUGGAAGUUGGCAGAAAGAGUCCUUGAAGCAGAGACAGCCUCACCUCCACUUCUGUCAAGAGAGGGGCCUGCAGUGUAAACCCUCUUCCACUGAGCAGCUGUCUGAACUAUAGGCCCGAGUGCUGAAGACCAGUUCUGCCAAGAUGCCGGCAUCGAGAUUGUGCCAUCCGUGGUGCAGGCUGGCUGGUAUGAAGUCAUUGGCCUGUAUGCCAGAGAGCUAAGAGAUGAAAACGGGGUGUGUGGCGGUACUCUGAACAAUUUCCUCAGAACCUCUUAAUAAAUAAGUUUGGUAUUGCUGAGGCCAGGCCUUUCAGAGCUUUCAUUUGAUCUGUAUCUGAUCUUUCAUUUCCUGCCACCUGAUGGUGGAUUCAGCAGAAGGCAAGAUGGUUAGAAUUUUAAAAAUAGCUUGUUUGGGAAAAGGAGACUUGGGGAAGAAGUUGUCUAUGUGGGUGUUUCUCCCCCUAGUUAAUUCCUGUUGUGUAAGGUUAGGCUUUGUUGAAAAAAGAAUGAACUACACAGGUGCAUAGCAAGCAUUCUUUCUGGGUAACUAGGCUGCUGGUUUUAAUUACCCUCAGAUUUCACCCAUAAAAACACACGAUGUAUUAUUUUACAGAGCUGUGUCCAGCGCCCCCUGUGGUGUGUGAGAGAGAGCAGCUGCAGCUCAAGUGACUAGGUGGGCCCAGCUGGCUUCGUGCAGGAGGACACGGUGGGUGAGCCAUUCUUGCCAUUCUCCGUGUCAGGCUGAAAGGAGGGCCUGGGCCAGCUUUGAAAACAACAUUGCUAGAAGUAGGCAGGAUGAAAUGGAAAGGUCACCACACUUUGGGAUUUUAGAGCUUGACUAACAAGCUCCAGGCAUAGAAGAAUUCAGAACGAAAUCUCAGGAAUCUAGCUGUGUUGUCUGCCCCGGAGCAAACAGUAUAUGAUUUUGCUUUGCCUAUUUUUUUUUUUUUUUCCUUUUUUGGGGAAAGAUAAUUAAAGGCAGAAUGACUGCGUUUGUAAAAGAAGGACCACCAACUGUACUGACAUUUAUAAAUGAACCUUUAUUAAAGACACUUCAAUGCCAUCUGUUAGACACUUCAAUAUUUUACAUGGUUUUCAAUGUACACUGUACCAAAAUUUCUAUAAAUAAAUAACUUUGUACAUAAAAGUAA